UUUAUUAUAUCCUGAUAUAAAAACAUCAAACGUCAAACUAAAUUCACCCAUUUGGAGUGCUAAAAUGGUAAAGUCAACACUGCUCUUCUGCUUGAUCGUUGUCAUUUGGCCUCCGCAAAUCACAACCCUGCAGUCGAUGACCUUCCAGCUGGAACGAGUUGAACAAAUCGGUGGCCAAGGUUUGUCCGACUGGCAAAUCCGCGUCCGAAAGUUUAACCGGACCACCUACAGUCUGAACGGAACGGCUAUCCUGCUGCAGGACUUGGACGAUUCUUACGAGGUGGGCGUCAAUUACGCGUAUAGCUCACUUGGGAACAACCAGUUCAACGAAUACCCGAUGAAGCUGCCCCGCAAGAAGGUCUGCCGGUACGGAAUCGACGUAACACCUUAUAAUGUGGCCCUCUUAAACCUUGCGGUUUCGUCAACGGAUCCACAGGUGUGUAUCGUUCUUUUUGCGACAAGACUCCGCCUCCCGGGUCUCCUAAGUGUGAAGGUAUGGCACGGGGAGAGGGCACCGAUUACCUAUAUUUUACACUUAGAAUUUUUUUUGCGUCCGCCUCGGGAUUCGAACCAGCGACCUCUGGAUUGUGAGUCCAGCGCGCGGUCCGAUUGAUCCACAC